CCGCCCAUUAACUAAGUACGGGGUGUGCGUGCACACAGGUCAGAGUAUGUGUGUGGAUAUAGUGCUGCAGAGUGAGGAUAGCAUUCAGAGUUGGUGGGAAGGCCAGUGCCAUAAUUCUUCCCUGAGCUAGGAGCUUUCCUCUAUAGACGAGGGCUAUGGAGCCCUCGGUUCAAAACUCAUCGCCAUGUCUUCCCUCUCACGUUCCUGAGAGAACAGGUGGCUGGGUGGUGUUGAGAGUGGUCAUUGCCACCAUGGCUUUCCCGUUCUCCCCUGUGUAAUGUCCCCAAUGCCCAGCCAUUCACCCUGUGCCUGGGUUUCCCAGGGCUUGUAUUGCUGAACUAGAUACUGUUUUCCAGAAUGAAAUCGCAAGUGUUCCCAUGCCCACAGGAGAGGCCCAGUGGCCAGUGGAAGGAGACAAGGAGGAGAAUAAAAAGGCAAGGAGAGAAAAGAGGUGGUAGAAGAGGGGACAGAAGACGGAGCUGAGCCCGUGACAAUGGUUGAUAAGCUCUGGGCAACAGCCCACACAGUGAAGCAGAGCCUGGACAGCCACUGUAUAUAUACACGACGGAACACAGUUCCAAGUUCAGCACCUGAUUUGUUACACAGCCCCACGCUCUGAAGCAGAAGUCUAGCUUCAGUCCUGGAAGUGCUCAAUUCUAGCCUGUGGUCUCAGCUCUGAUCUCCAGCUCCUACAUGACCACCACGACCACCACCACCAUCACAAAGCCUCUUUCUGGGGGGCUAGAGAACGAGGGGGAGAAAUUAGAAAAGAUUUUCCAACAAUGGGCAGAAGACAUCCGUCCUGAAAUGAAAGAAGACAUACAUGACCCCAGCUACCAGGAUGAAGAGGGGCCCCCGCCCAAGCUGGAGUACGUCUGGAGAAACAUCAUCCUCAUGGCCCUGCUGCACUUGGGGGCCCUGUAUGGGAUCACACUGGUUCCCUCCUGCAAGGUCUACACCUGGAUCUUCGUGUAUGUAUCAUAUAUAGUUACUGGCCUGAGCAUCACAGCCGGGGCGCAUCGCCUGUGGAGCCACCGAACCUAUAAAGCACGGCUGCCCCUGAGGCUCUUCCUCAUCAUAGCCAACACCAUGGCUUUCCAGAAUGAUGUGUAUGAAUGGGCCCGAGAUCACCGCGCCCACCACAAGUUCACAGAAACUCACGCCGACCCUCACGAUUCCCGGCGUGGCUUUUUCUUCUCUCACGUGGGCUGGCUGCUUGUGCGCAAACACCCGGCUGUCAGAGAGAAAGGUGGAAAACUGGACAUGUCUGACCUCAAAGCUGAGAAGCUGGUCAUGUUCCAGAGGAGGUACUACAAGCCCGGCCUCCUGCUCAUGUGCUUCAUCCUGCCCACACUGGUGCCCUGGUAUUUCUGGGGAGAGACUUUUCAACACAGCUUUUAUGUUGCCGCUUUACUGAGAUAUGCCUUGGUGCUCAAUGCCACCUGGCUGGUGAACAGUGCUGCCCACCUCUAUGGAUAUCGCCCUUAUGACAAGAACAUUGGAGCCAGACAAAAUAUGCUAACUUCUAUGGGAGCCCUGGGCGAGGGCUUCCACAACUACCACCACGCCUUCCCCUACGACUACUCUGCCAGUGAGUACCGCUGGCACAUCAACUUCACCACGUUCUUCAUCGACUGCAUGGCUGCCCUGGGCCUGGCUUAUGACCGGAAGAGAGUGUCCAAGGCCGCUGUCUUGGCCAGGAUUAAAAGAACUGGAGAUGGGAGCCACAAGAGUGGCUGAGUUCCUGUUCCAAAUGUCACCUGGGCAGAAGUUCAAUGUUCUGCUGAUGACUAUAGAGAAUGCUACAAGAAUGCUAAAGAUGACCUUAACCCACUGGGCAGUGGUGGCACACGCCUGUAAUCCCAGCACUCGGGAGGCAGAGGCAGGCGGA